UGUUUGUUCCUAUAUUUUCCACAUUUGGCAGAACACAAGGCGACGACUUCAAUGGCUCAUAAUCUUAUCCUCAUAGUCGUCUCUCUUUCUCUAACUGCUGGGUAUUCUCUUUCCUCAAGAGAUGCUUACUCAAAACGAGACGACGAAUCAUAUGUUAUGACUACGAGUGACCAAGAAUCAUCAGUGGUCGUUGUAGAAGAUCUAGUAAAAGGUCGUCUCCUAGCCAGAGUACUCGCCAGCUCAGAAGUGAUUGUGAAUAAUGUAGCUCAUAAGAGCACUUCAAAAAAAGGUGGGAAGAAGAAACAUAAGGGCAAGAAAAUAGGACCAUUGGGUUUUGCAGCCCUAUUUGGGAUUACCUUUGCACUACUUGUGGUUUUACUUGUGAUCCUUANACUUGUGAUUUUACUUGUGAUCUUUAGUGUUAUAUACGUUUUUCAUCUGAAGCGCAAAACAAAAAAUGCUCAAAGCACUGAAAAAUAA